ACCGUUGAGUAAAGCUGUGGCGUAUGCGUGCAUGUGUUUCUAAAGUUGUGGAGCAAUGAGUGAAGUGGAAAGAGGUCCGUGUUGUACGCUGCUUCCUUCAGCCGGCGUUAAUGUGUAGUAGCCGACGGCCAAUUGACACGUGAAGGUCUUUAUCUCGAUUUCACCACCAGCAGUAACUAUAAAACUAGGUAAGCCAUUUUAUUUACUUUGUUUACAGUUUGUUUACUGCCAUGACUUGUUUUUUUUUUUCUAGAAUGAAGAGCAGGCUUUUAUAGGCGUGCGGAGUCUUUUUGUCACAGAAGUCCAUCGUGAAUGUUGUGAUGUGUCUCAUUUCUCCUGAAGUCAACAUAAAGGUCACUGCAGCUUCUGUCAGCGUGAACAGGAAAGACAGGUGACCACUGCACGCGCCCCAUUGGAGAAGCAGUGUGUGGGCAAACACUUCAAUCCCGGCAAAUAGUUUCCAUGAAUACCUCAUUUAGCUGCAUGCCCUAAAAUAGUUUGUAUAUGUGUCUUGAAAUAGUGCGAGACUCCAAUUAAACAUGCUCUAUAAAGGCAAGUCCCAGCAUGCAUUUGCAAAAAGGACUGCAUGUAUAAUGGCAUUGAGAGGCCUACCAUUUAAAUGCUGCAAGGUUGUAAUCACACACAUUGGCAUUUCAGGUUGUUCCUGAUCCUUGAGUUAGAGGGCAAAUGUUGGGCAAUUCCUCAGACGACAAUAUGAUGCAGAUUAUCGAAAGCGUCUUAUGUUGCAGCACUGCUUCCAAACUGACUGCAGGUUUUCACAUUUUAGUAAUGUCUCAGCGUGGUAAACAUGAACGUCUUGUCUUUUGGAUGACGUGGUUUUACUGUAAUUUCCUGUGUUUUCUGUCUGUGUAGUUGUGAGUUAUUAUGACGUCAAAUGGGAAACAUGCGGACACGGUGCGGGACCCUCUGUUCAUCCAGGAGGGUGAGGAAGUGUACAGAAACCCCACCGAGUUGAAGAUGAGUCAGAUCGUGCUGCCAUGCCACGCCAAUCACUGUGGAGAGCUGAGCGUUGGACAGCUGCUGAAGUGGAUGGACUCCACCGCCUGCUUGUCUGCUGAGAGACAUGCAGGAUGUUCCUGUAUCACUGCGUCUGUGGACGACAUCCAUUUUGAACACACCAUAGGGGUGGGAAAGGUCGUCAACAUCAUAGCAAAAGUCAACAGAGCCUUCACGUCCAGUAUGGAGGUGGGCAUAUUGGUGAAUUGUGAAGAUCUUUACACCGACAGGCAGUGGAAGGUUUGCCACGCUUUUGCUACCUUUGUCGCCCGACGAACUGAAGCGGGGAAGGUACAGCUGAAGCAGGUGCUUCCUCGCACACAAUUGGAGCAGAUGGAGUACAGCCUGGCAGCAGAGCGGAGGAGGAUGAGGCUCAUCCAUGCUGAGAUCAUUACAGACCUCCUGAGCAGCAGCACGGCUCAGCUGGGAGAAUGCCAGGAGUACCAGGACGCUGUGCCGGCCGAGCGGACGCGGGUGGAGAGCGUGGAGCUGGUGCUGCCGCCACAUGCCAACCAUCAAGUCAGCACCUUUGGGGGCCAGAUCAUGGCCUGGAUGGAGAAUGUGGCUACAAUUGCAGCAAGUCGCUUGUGUAAUGCUCACCCAACCUUGAGGAGCAUCGACAUGUUCCAUUUUCGUGGCCCGUCUCACAUUGGUGACCGACUGGUACUGAAAGCCAUUGUUAACAAUAGCUUCAAGCACAGCAUGGAGGUGGGAGUGUGUGCGGAGGCCUACCAGGGUGGAGAACCUCUGCGCCAUAUAAAUAGUGCUUUCAUGACCUUUGAGGUGCUGGACGGUGACGGGAAGCCGUGCACGCUAUCGCGGAUACGACCUGAGCCUGUUGACGGGAAAAGACGUUAUCAAGAAGCUAUUGCCAGAAAGAAGAUUCGCCUUGAUAGGAAAUACAUUAUCUCCUGCAAGCAAACGGAAGUGCCCGUCUCGGUACCCUGGGAUCCAAGUAACCAGAUGUACCUGAGCUACAAUAAUGUAUCGGCACUGAAACUAAUGGAUACCAGAAAGAACUGGGUAUUAACGUCUGAGAAAAACAAGGUCAGACUGUACACACUGGAGGAAAACCACGUGCUGUGUUUCAAGGUGGAGAUGCACGUCAGCGUGCCGGCAGAGCAGACGUUCCACCUUCUGUCAGACCUGAGGAGGAGAGAGGAGUGGGACCGGCACUAUGAGGAGUGUCAGGUGAUCAACCAAGCAGAUGAGGAAGACACACUUUACCGCGUGGCGACACCGUCUGUGAGUAAAGGCGGCAAAGGCCAGGACUUUAUCUUGCUGGCAUCCAGGAGGAAGCCAUGUGACGCCAGGGACCCGUAUCUGAUCGCUCUGCGCUCUGUCACUUUGCCCACUCACCUCCCCACCGAGGACUACACCAGGGGAGAGGUGCUGUGUGCUGGCUUCACGAUCUGGGAAGAGUCCAGCACCGUCACCAAGAUCACCUACUACAACCAGGCCACACCGGGCGUCCUCCCCUACAUCUCCACAGACAUCGCUGGCCUAUCCUCCAGCUUUUCGAGCACCUUUUCUGCCUGCAGUCACUUCCUGGAGACCAACAAGGACAGCCUGGCUGCUCUGCCACCGUCUGCACUGUGACACAAUACCGCUGCCUUCGUCUCCCUUACAAGAGGAGCAGUAGCAUCAGUAGGAUCAUCUCAUUGUCGUCCCAUUUUACCUCUGUUGGGGUUGUGGGAUGUAAGUGUCCCACCCUGAGAUUACAAACUUCUUUGCAUUUGUAGUUUCUUUCAGGUCUUUAAAACUCAGUUCUCACUGUAUGCAUCACUUAAAAUGAGACAUCAUCUUUAA